CAUUUGCGCAGUGAAUAUUCUGGGUGGUGGCUGAGGUUCUAAGGUUUGGUACAAAAGAACGGGAAAGUUGUCAUGUCUGCGGCAGUGAAAGUCGUGUUUGGGGCGUUCCUUGUUCUGGUGCUUCACUGUGGCCCUGUGGUCCCGUGUUCGGAGCCGGUGGGCUGGAAGCCCCUGCCUCUACAGACACGCAUUCAGAACGCGGACUGGAUCGUGGUAGCGACGGACCAGCUCCACUACAACCAGUCCAGCCAUCCGAACGGCCUGUCCUACUGGACACAGUUCGCCCUCCGCUGCGUCCUGAAAGGUGGCGGUCAGCCCACAUCGCCCUUCCACGUCCAGAACAUGGGCGUGCCGAGCCCGUUCGGGGGCGGCUGCACCGCGCACGAGGUCCGGGAGGGGAGGGACUACUUUCUCUUCCUGCUGUACGACCAGGCGGACGGAUACUACGUCAUUGAUGAAGUGAAUCACGAGCAAGGGGUGUAUGAAUACACGAGUGAGAACAUACAGAUAUUUGAGGAGGGCCUGGGCCGGUUCCAGUGUGACCGCACACCGGGACAGACGACCACGAAAACGCCCAAGACCACAACAACGCCCCGCCCUGUAGGAGCGGCACCUAGCGGAAUCGCUUCAAGUCUCACCAUGCUCCUCGGAUGCUUCACCGCGAUUCGUAAUCUGUCUUGAAUGAUACUAUGUAAC